AUUUCCAUCACAGCCCACCAGAGUUGAACAAGAUCAAUAGCAAAACGCGCCAACUAGUCUUUACCAGAACCCGACCCGACUGGAUCAGAGAUCGGCGGACGAUCUAUCUCUACUUUCCGGGUGGUACUUGCUCAACUUGGAAUGGAUUUGAAAAUCUGGAGUGGAAGUUAAGAAUAGUGACUUAGCUGCUCAAACUUUGAAUAGAUGUCCAGAAGUUGGAGCUGAAGUUAAGCACUGACAGAUUGCUUGAAGCAAUUGGAAACUGCAUUCUGCUUAAGAUGGACAAUGACGAUGACUUCACGUUUUGUCAGCCAAGUUUGGUUAGCUUACUAGUCGACCAAGAAGGUCAUGAGACAAAGAAGCUUGUGUCAGACAUUGGUGGUAUCAGGAUAGAAGACGAAUUCUCAAAUGGCAGUGAUAGUAGUCAGAAUAGCGGUCUUCUGUGGAAUGAAGAAGUGCCAAAUAAUACCACCCUUAAGAAGCAGGGCACAGUUGGUUCUUUGUCUUUCAAUGUUAUUGAUAUGUCCUCUCCAAAACAGUCGACGGAAUUGUCAAGACCAGUAGCUUCAGGAGAUGUUCAAGAUUCAGUCAACAAAGUUCAGGAACAGACUGUUGCAAGGAAGCCAGCACCUCGAGCAAAGGUUCCUUUUGAGAAAGGAUAUAGCCAAAUGGACUGGCUUAAGCUUACUCGAACUCAUCCUGACCUUGCAGGACUAAAGGGACAGUCAAAUAAGAGGCUUAUUUCUAUGAAUGAGGUUAAACAACAUCAGAAAGAAGGUUCCAUGUGGACUGUUUUAAAGGGUCGUGUGUACAAUAUAUCUCCAUACAUGAGAUUUCAUCCCGGAGGUGUUGAUAUGCUGAUGAAGGCAGUGGGAAAAGACUGUACAUCCUUAUUUAAUAAAUACCAUGCUUGGGUGAAUGAUGAAUUUUUACUAGAGAAGUGCCUCGUGGGUACUUUAGAUAAUAGUAAGUGAAGUUCGAUAAUAAUGGAGCAACUACGAAGUGACUCGAGGCCGCCUCUAUAUUCUUAGCAGCAGAUUGGCACAGAAAUGCCUUUUCAGUUAAGGUGUAUGAGAACUAUGUCACAGUAGAAUGACACCCCCUUUUUAUGGUAGGGGUAACUUUACCAUACCAUUUGGAAAUAAUUGUACUUCUGCCUGUAUUUUUCUACAAUGCAUUUAAUGGAAUCCUGCAUUAUAUCUCA